AUGGUCUCUCCCACUUCCUGUGGGCAGGGCUCAAGAGGCCAUCUUGAACUGACAGACAACUUUUUGUCAGGGGAGCUCCAUAAACCUGAAACACCCAAAUAUGAGUAAGUAUUCCUUUAAAAUGAAACCAUAAAAACACAUUCUAAUCCAUGAUGAAUUAAACAGUUAGACAGACUGUUCACUGAGCUGUGUGCACCCAAAUUACACACGAGGCAUCUAUGCAAAGAGGCUACAAGAGUUAGCAUUACCAAUAUGGUGACCACUGUCAAGAGUCUCCAAACUCCACUUCUUUGGUGAAGUAACUGAUGCUACAUCGAGUUAUUAUAUAAUCUGUGGGUUUAAGUUUGAACAGAUCAGUAAUUCAAAGCUGCUGUCGUCAGUUACACUGCUGGUACAUGGAAUGCAGGACAGAAUGUUCCUCCUCUCUCCUAUCAGAGGUGGUGUCCUGAAAACUGUAAUGAGAAUUUUGACAAAAUCCGUUAAUCAGUCAAUUUUGCAUUACGUCGAGUGGGUUUUAAAUGUCGGCGCUGUUGUGUGUGAAAGAUAGUCAGAGACGCCAAGACCCAAAGUAAACUCUGCGUUUCAGUUACAAAGUCAGGAAAAAAGCAAAAUCGGAGGCCUAAAAACAUGAUAGCUAUAUCUACACUUGCCUUAUAUUUGGACAAGACAAGCGCUAAAUUAACUUUCGUAGAUGCAGCCACCGUGUUUCAGGCCUCCAGCAACAUUCAUCUCUGGAGGGGGUGUCUAACUCGGUGUUAUGUGUGUUUGACCCUAAAUUAAUUUUACGCCUGAAUAUCCCUUUAAUUUGAUUUUUUUUUUUUUUUAUUAAUUAAAGCUGCAUUAUUUUGUAAAUACUUAAAAACACCUGUAUGACAUUAAUGAACCAAUCACCAUCUACUCUGAGUCAGUGAGUACAUGACUCCAGCAUUCUUAAAGUGUGUAUUCAGUCGUGUGUUUCUCUCUGUGUGUGUGUGUGUGUGUGUGUGUGUGUGUGUGUGUGUGUGUGUGUGUGUGCUGCUACACGAGCCGACAAGCGCGUGCGCAUGACUAUGCAUACCGAGGUGCUCGCGCGCGUGUCUGUCUAUACGUGUCGUUGCAUGUUUUCUUCCUGAACGCAUCAAGGUGUAGCGUGUCUGUCUGCGCGCGUGUAUAAGAGCACGCGCACGUCGCUUUCGCGUAGCUGCUUAUGAAAGCCCCUCUCUCUCUCUCUCUCUCUCUCUCUCUCUUUCUCUCUUUCUCUCUCUCUCUCUCUCCUGCUUCUCCUCAGAUUCAGUUUUAGUAUCGACCUUCUCCACGCAGCAUCUCCGCUCUCCAUCCUCCGUCUCCACCCUCCACCUCCUCCUCCUCCUCCUCCGCUGUCGCCGCCGCCGCCGCCUCAGCGCCGCUCCUUCUGCAGGUGGAUGGAGGCUGGAAGCCCCGGAGACACGACCCAAGAUGCACGGCCACGGCUGCUGGUAGGACUCGGGGGUGUUUUUUUCAGGUCUUUGGGGGGUUUCCACCCUUUGGAGUCUGUGUGUGUGUGGAUGGAGUGCAAUGCCAGGUCUUUGUCUCUCCUCGGCGUGUCUGUGUGUUUGUUCGGGGACAGGAAGAGUGUUGGGUAACUGGGCAUUUGUUGCUUAAAGCCCAUUUGAUUGUUUUUUUUAAAGAACUGGAUGAUUGACAGGCUUCUAACCCGUCAAGAACCCGGUGUUUUCUCGCCUCCUGUCGCGUAA